AUGGCCUGCGUCGAGUCCGAGGACUCUAAGGAGAGCAGUGAGACCUCGGUCCCUAGAGAUCGCCGCGGAAUCUGCAAAAGAAGAAAGACUUCAGAUACAUGGACAAGGCUGGACCAUAAUUUGAUUGACGACAGGCACCAAUGGAGGAAAUAUGGUCAGAAAAGGAUUCUCAACUCUGAAUUCAUCAGUGAAUACUACAGGUGCGAUCACAAGUUCGACCAGGGAUGUCAAGCAACCAAGCAGGUCCAAAAGAUGAAGGACGAUUCGCCCGUCUACAGGACCAUAUACCGAGGCCACCCCACUUGUGAGAACCUCAUCCUCAAAGGCCCCCCAAUCAACCUGGAUUCAUCAAGCCCUGGGGACUCCUCCAUCCUCGCCUGUUUCAACACUAGCCUCAAUCCCAAACAAGACGAUAAGUAA